ACAUUAAUUCUUUUAAGACUGGGCAAAACACUACAAAAACAAAAUCUAACUGCAAUUUAGAUUAAAAACCAUGGCUACAUCUACGCUUCAGCUAGAAUUCUCACAAGCUAUGGCCGACUUCAAAAAAAUGUUUCCGGAUAUAGAUCGGGAAGUCAUUGAGGCAGUGCUCCGCUCAAAUAUGGGCGCUGUGGAUGCAACCGUCGACCAAUUGCUUGCGAUGACUGUGGAUAAUCAGAAUGAGAAACUACGCAAUGAGUUGGAUGCUAAUGUGUCGCCCCAGCAGAGUCUCAUCAAUCUCAACGAGCCGGACAAGGAAUUGCGACGUAACCAGAUUGACACCCCAGAUGGCUUGAACACUCUGCCAUUACCGAGCACAGCAAGCGCUUCGCCAGCACACAACACAGGCGCCUCACCCAAACAACGUCCCUUGGGGGCCAGCAGCACCCCCACAAAACGCAGUCAAGGCAGCACAACACGUCGCUGGAAUAAUCCUCCGUUGUUGGGCGCAUUACCAGUUGGAUUUUUGCGUAUAGCACCUGCUGCUGGACAGCAGGAUUUUGAACUACCCGAUGAGCAAUUUGCCUUGAUGCUGCAAAACGAGGAGUUUAUGAAUCAGCUGCGCUGGAAUCAGGACUUUAUGAGUGCGCUUGAGAAAGAGCAAAGCGGCAAGGCAAAGGGCGAAGACGACGCACCAUUCCAAGAACGGCUCAAGAACAUGGGUAAAAUGUCGCGUAAGAAGUUUCUACAAAUGGCUCGUGUUUUCACUUGGCAACGCAAUAAAAAGGUAACCACUGCUAAGCAAAUCGAUUCCUUGCCAUUGCGCGAAGAGCCGAGCGACGAUGAAGAUCAUCAUCAUCAGGAUGCUCAGCAGCAGCAGCAACAACAACAGCAGCAAACACAGCAAUCAAGUCAUCAGCAGCAAAGCCCAUCCCAGCAGCAACAGGGUCAAUUGCAGUUGCGAAAGUAAAGUGGAGCCUCCUUCUAGCUGGGGUUCCACUGUUUGUUAUCUUAUACUUAUCUUAAUAUCUCAGUUUAUCUCAUUGGCCAUAAAUCCAAGUGAAGGUCACAAUCUCACUCCCGUUCCAUGUAGUAAUCUCAACGAAGAAUGUCUUGGCAAUGCUUAAUAGCGCCAUACAAAAAGCAUAUUAUAUAUACUUAUUAUGAUUCUAGUUUUAAAUGUCGUGUAAUAACCAAAAGUGCAAUUUUACCCCCGAAACACAUUUAAGUGUGCAAUAUUCUUAACUAAAUGUACUAUAUAUAUUUUUGAUUAUUUUAACAAAUUGUAUUAUUGUCUUUUCUCCGCCACUUUCGUUGUUGCCAAAUUAGCAUAAUUAAGUUUUAUUAUUAAUUUUAAAUGACCGUACCCAUGAUGUUGGACUGAUUCUGAACACAUUAAUUGAUAAUUGUGAAACAAAAUUUAAAGCAAACUAAAGUUAUUAGAGCACUGCUUAACGCAAAACUAGUCAACUCAAAAAUGUUUAUUUAUAGUAAUCUGAUGAAUCUUAAAAUAUUCGCAUGUGACGUCCCCCAUUAACUGAAAUUUGAAUAUUAACACAUAAAUAUCGCCAGUGCUUGGCUUCUACUCUCUAUCCAUACUUAUUAUAUACACAUAUGGACAAGAGCUAACCAACUAAUUGAUUGUAAUUGUACAUGUAUUAUAAAAAACAUACAUAUUUAAAGAUCUAUUGUACUCGUAUUCCAAGUAAAACAAAAUACAGAUAAUUAUUUCAAAACUAAAUGCAUUUAUUAUUUGCGUUCAAAUCCACGCCCAGCAUUAAGGAAACGGCGACAAACUGACGUUUGUGGAUAUAAACAAGCUUAAGUCUUCCCGAAUCUCGUUUCAUUUCAACAUUUGUGUAAAUAAAAUGCACAACAUUUUACAUGAAUUUAUUUAAUUUUUAUUUUGUUUUUGCUUUUAAAUUUUUUUGCUUUUUAUUUUUUAUAAACAUAAUACAUUUAUUACGGAGUACCGUUGGUUUUUCAUCAUUGUGUUUAUGUAUGUUUUGUGUGUUUUGACUUUUAUUUAAGGGCAUAUUGGUUACUCGUAUCUGUUACAGCUAAUUUAUAAAUGUUUAUCAAUGCAAUACUCUUUUAUUUAUUCUCUUUUUUAUAUAUUUCCUUCUACUUCACCACUUUGUAAAUCUACUUUCGUUUUGGAUUGACAUUGACACGUGACGACGACAAGGAAUCGGAAUCUCAUGCUUGAAUGCUAUAUAUUUGUUGGGAUUGUUGGUAUUAUUUUAUAUAUUGUUUAAUAACAGGAUUUAAAUCGUUUUACAUGCAACAAUUGCAAUUGCAAUCAAAAUUCAACUUUAUCGUUAUCUCUACUGAAUAAAUUUCCAUUGCUCUGUAGAGCACUUUUCCUAUAACUCUCGCUUGCUUUCCCUCUCUUUGUAUUGGUUUAUUGUUUAAUUAUAAAUGAUGCAUGCUCUCUGAGCAUGCCGGAGUGUCAGUGUAUGCGUAAUCGUGUAUAUGUGUAUGGGCUUACGCAUGUGUGCUUACGCAUGUAUGUGUGCAAUUUGAUUCCUUUACUUACACAGAAAUUGAUCAUUUUUAAACAAUUAUUUGUAAAUUUGUUUUAAACUAAUUACUAAAAAUGGAUUUCAUUUUUUUCUGGUUGUU